AUGGCGGCUAACGGUACACCGGUCACGCAGUUCGCCUUGCUUUAUGCUAAUAGAAUGGGCGGUCCUCCUAGCCCUGGCAAGGCAACGAGGAUAACCAGACCACAAAAAAAGCUAAAAACACGUUCAACAAGACGGCCCCAGUCCUCCGCCCUGUCGGUCACGCGCCUCUCCGGUAUCGGGGGCUGCCUCUGCCGACGAGGGGCGAUCAAAUCUCGGAGCAACAGGAUACCAUAGAAACGGACUACGGACGCGCCACGGUGACUGUCUACGUUUCGAACCCUCAACUGCCGCUCGCUCGCUUCCGAUGCAGCAAAAAGAGCAAUUGCUCGCGGCAAACCGAAACGCACUCAUCGACAUAGUGGCGCUCCAGGAAACAAAAAUCUCAAGACACCAGCUGUAAGACUUGGCCAAACGGUGAACUUCUCAUCCUCGGCCACAAAGUCCCUGGGAAGAACGUCGGCGGCGUCGGUUUCCUCGUCAAUCGCUCGGUCCAACACCUCGUCGACUCGCACGAAAUCGUCAACGCCCGCCUCGGCAUCCUCCGACUCAACCUAGGAAAAACGAGGAAGACUCACCAUCAUCAACGUCUACUCGCCGACCUCACCAGAAGCCGAAUCUAAGGCUAAAAAGGGAAGAGAAGGAAAAGGAACUUGACGAUUUCUACCGGAAGCUCGAGGAAACGAUCCAACGAGAGAAGGCGUACUACAUCUUCGUUCUGGGUGACUUCAACGCGAAGAUGGGCAAGUGCGCCACUCCCUCGAUUCGUCACGGGAAGCACGGACUCGGAAUUCGAACGACAACGGAGAACGCCUAGCCGAACUUCUCGACUCCAGAAGGCUCUACCACGGCAAUUCUCUCUUCGAGAAGCCUGAUCGGAGACGCUGGACCUGGAAAUCGCCCAACGGAGACACCACCAACGAGAUCGACCACAUUCUGGCCAACCGGAAAUGGUCUCUCCUCGACGUUGCCGUACUACCCAGUUUCGACGUUGGAUCCGACCAUCGACUCGUUCGCGCCAAGGUCCGUCUGAACCAGAAGUUCCUGAAGAAAGACUACCACCAGCCAUCGAGACCGAGAAGACCAACCUACGACAUCACCACGUUGGAGGAGAAGAUCUCGGAGCACGACUGGCAGCUUCUCGACGACCCGACAGCCGACUACGAAUCCUCUGCGAUGGCCUCAUCAGAUGUGCAGAACCUGCAGCUCGACCAACCUCGUCUCUACCGCCGCGACUCGACCAACGAGCGAAAGAUCUGCUGCGAAGAAGAGGAGAAGUCAAACGAGACCCGCAAGCCACGCACCUAG